GAAACUACUAUUCUGUGGGCGACGCCCUGUCGGAAGUCCCACCUCCUUGUUUCGCACUGGCUCUGUACUGCAUUCUGACCAAUCACGUUUCAACGGUGUCACUUCGGCGCUCCAAUGAGAAACAACCAGGAAGUUGGAAAACUAGAUUUUAGUUCUACAACGCCAAUUAAACGAAGAACAGUUGAAAACUUUCUCCACCUAAUAUGAAAAGUCGUUUUCUUCGCUAGCCGUGUGCUUAACGUGCUGCUUUUCAGCGGGGUUGUCGGUGUUGACAACUUGCCGAACCCGCGCCGUUGAGCAAUGGAGUUGGCGGAGGUGGAGAGGUGCUGCUGUGUGGUCAAGGUGUCGGAGGCGACGUCAGCGAGGAAACCCGUGAGCUGCAGCGGAGUUAUCGUCCACCCUCGAACUGGAACGGUGAUCUGCGCCGGCCUGCCGUUUUCACGGUUCAUCGCCGACAAAGAGACCUUCUCCUCGGACCGUGAGUCCACGCUCCUGCCACCGCGCGGCUUGAGCGACAAACUUAAAAUCCGCGUCAGCUUCUCUUCUGGGCGACAUGCGGACAGCGACCGCUCCGCUGCACGCGGAGAUGCAUCCGCGCCCCGCAGAGCCAAAGCCACGCGGCAGCGGGAGGUUGCAGCCCGGUUGCUGAUGCUGGUGAAGUGCCAGGAGUUCAAGCAAGCCUUCGGGGCGGUCUUCCGGGAGGCUGAUCGGUGGCGUUUCCAUGGUGACGAUGAGGAUGAGGAGCUGAUCAGGGAUGCCCACUGCCUCAGCUGGUUCGCCGUGCUCAAGACAGGCGUGGCGGUGGAAGGCAGCCCAGACUCGGGGAGCAUACCCUGGCAGAGCAGCUCGUCCCUCGGGAAGGGCUGCCCGGUUAUCGCGUGCGGUUCCCCUUUCGGCUCUCUCUGCUUAGACCUCUUCAUCAGCACCCUCAGCAGAGGGAUCAUCAGUAACCUCGCCGGGGAGGAGAACGCUGUCGUCCUCACAGACGCCCGCUGUCUGCCAGGCACAGAGGGCGGGGGGUUGUUUUCAGUGGAGGGCGCAGACAGCGUGCGUCUCAUUGGGCUGAUCGUGUCCCCGUUUGGCUGGAAGGCCAACGAGUGGAUAGGCCUCACUCUGGUCUGCUCGGUCCACUUGAUCUUCAGGAGCAUGGUCAGCUGCGCGAGCACUGAAGAUCCGCUCCGAGACGUGUGGCUCCAGCCUGGAGAGGUGGGCCUGCGCAUGUCCACCACCGCCCGCGAGUCAGAGGCAGUUAAAUACCCCACUGUGUGCUUUGUGGACAGUGGGCAGGUCUGGGGCUCAGGGGUCGUCGUCACCCCACGGCUGGUUUUAACCUGCCGGCACGUCGUCAAUGGGAAGUCUACAGUCACCCUGAAGUUCCAUCACAGGGACAGAGUCCGGAAUUUUGUGGGUGAUGUGCUGUUCUCUACAAAAUCGUCCUCACCCUAUGAUCUGGCUUUAGUGCAGCUCAGACACUCUGUCCCAGGGGCGGUGGUCCCUCGAAUGGCUCAGAGUUUCAAUCCAGGUGAAUCUUUAGUUGUGGUGGGAUACGGUGGGCUGGGUCGUGGCUGUGGUCCGUCCCUGACCGGCGGGGUCCUCUCCAAAGCCAUUAUCUUGAAUAACCAGCCUGUAAUGCUUCAGACCACCUGUGCAGUACAAGCAGGGGCCAGCGGGGGCGCUGUGGUGCGCGCGCACACAGGAGAGCUGCUCGGUAUCGUGGUCAGCAACACAAAGGACUUGGCUGCCAAAGUGACCUACCCACACCUCAACUUCAGCAUCCCAGCGACUGUUUUCCACAGAUUGCUGCAGCGCUUUCACCAGACCGAGGACCUGAACGUGUUCAGGAUGUUGGAUGCCACAGACAAAGAGAGGAGGGUGUGGAGACUACAAGGUGCUCAAAGCAAACUAUAACAGAUGUCCCCUGCACCUCGAGCAGUGCAAGAGCAAACAGUUGGAUAAUUAAAUCAAAAUAGAUUAUUUGUAAAAUCACAUCAGACAUUCAAAACCUUGAUUUGUUACAAAUGUGAGCACAAAAUAACAAAUCGUAAAGAAUAAAAGCAACUCAAACUAGAAUAAUUUAUUCCUCAUGUUAAUAUGCUCAUAUAGAAAAAAACACAGCAAAAAUGUAAAGUAUCUAAAUGACCACUUAACGUUAACAGACAAAAGAAAGUUAUUUUAAUACCUGUAGCGAUUGCUUAUUUGUUAUGUAAUUAAAAUAAUAAAAUCGUUUAUUCUAUAA